CGAAAAAGAAAGAAAGAAAAAAAUUAAAAAUUUAAAUCUAGAAUACCUUAGAGAAAUAGAGGAGAGUUGUACCGACCGUCGACUGUAAAUACAGUCAUUUAGAGGGACAAAAUAAGUUUGAGAAAAUCCAUGAUUCGGAUGCUACGGGCCUCUCUUCUUUCUCUCUGUAAGCCUAAGGUGCCAUCGGUGUCGUUGUCGGGUACUCUACUUGGGACUCAUGGACGUUCCAGUGUACGAGUCACUGAGAUACUUCAGGACCAUAUGGGAGUGUCAUGGAAUAGGAACUCACUUUGUGGAUUUAGAGCCUUUUGCACUGGCCAAGAUUUGUCAUCUAAGAAGUGUGUGCCAUGCAACUCAAAGGAUAUGCAACCCAUGACCGAGCAAGCAGCAAAUGAACUUAUUCCACAGGUGGCUGGAUGGAAUUUGGUGAAUGAAGGUGGCAUAUUUAAGUUGAAUCGAUCAUGGAAAGUGAAGAGUUUUACCAAAGGAUUAGAAUUAUUUAAGCUCAUAGCUGAUGUUGCAGAAGCAGAAGGUCACCAUCCGGAUCUUCAUCUUGUUGGAUGGAACAAUGUAACAAUUGAGAUAUGGACACAUGCAGUUGGUGGACUGACUGAAAAUGACUUCAUACUUGCUGCAAAGAUAAAUGGGCUUGACCUACAACACCUGCUGAGGCGAAAAGCUGCCGCUUAAGCAGUUGGCAUGAACUUGAUGUUCGGAUUUUGCAACUAUACUCUCUGGAUGUUUGGCAUCACAGAUUUCUGUCAGGUUGUUGAUAUUUUGAGUUUAAAAUGGACCAACUUAGACUAGUAUUUAGUUUGUUAAGCAUUUCAGGAUGUGUGCAACGUAGCAGCCGCGCACACGGCACGGAUGAUAGAACUCAAUCUGCAGUCAAUGUUCUAUAUUGCACUAUUAUGUGGAGCUUUUUCAAAUUAGUUUGAAUGUAUUACACUUUGAGAUUCUAUAAA